AUGUCAAACUUGAGGAGGUUGUUGGAGAGGCAAGAGAGAGAAGAGGAAGAAAUCCGGCGGAGACGUGCUGAGGAAGAUCAGGAGGCCGAUGAAGAAGAGGACGAAAUGCUUGUAGCCUUCGCUAUGCUUAAUGAAUCAAGGCAACACCACCGUCGUCGUGCCCAUAAUGUGGAUAGACGCAGGCAAUCUCGGGGUAAGAAUCUCAUGGAAGAUUACUUUAUCCCAAAUUCCUUAUAUCCUGUUUCUAAGUUUCGAGAGAGAUAUAGAAUGCAGCCACAUUUGUUCCAAAAAAUCAUGCAUGAUAUUUGUAAUUACGACACAUACUUCAUUCAAAAGAAUGAUGCUUGUGGAGUUUUGGGUCUUCUCCCGGAGCAAAAACUUACAGCUGCUUUGCGGAUGCUUGCUUAUGGGGCAUCUGCAGAGCAGGUGGAUGAGAUUGCAAGGAUGGGAAAAUCAACUAUCCUAGAGUGCUUGGUGAGAUUUUGUGAUGCAGUAGAAAAUCUCUACACAAGGGAGUACCUUCGCAGACCUUCUCCAAGGGACCUCCAAAGGCUUCUACAAAAAGCUGAGACUCGAGGUUUCCCAGGAAUGAUUGGAAGCAUCGAUUGCAUGCAUUGGCAGUGGAAGAAUUGCCCAACAGCUUGGCAAGGAGAUUAUGGGAAUCGAAAGGGCCAAAAAAGUAUAAUUCUGGAGGCCGUAGCUUCAUUCGACACUUGGGUUUGGCAUGCCUUCUUCGGAGUGGCCGGAUCUCAAAAUGACCUCAAUGUGCUUGGUCAAUCUCCAGUGUUUAAUGAUGUAUUGCGAGGGAUCAUUUGUGAUAGGUGCUUGAACCUCAAGGAUGUUUUGUGA